AUGAACAUCCGCGAGGCCACCCUGGAUGACAUGAUCCCCAUGCAGAACUGCAACCUGCACAACCUGCCCGAGAACUACCAAAUGAAAUACUACUUCUACCACUCCCUGACCUGGCCUCAGCUUUCAUACGUUGCAGAGGAUGAGAAGGGCAGGAUCAUUGGAUACGUUCUCGCCAAGUUAGAGGAGGAUCCCACUGCAGAGCCUCAUGGACAUAUCACCUCGUUGUCAGUAAUGCGUACCUACCGUCGUCUCGGAGUUGCAGAAAAGCUGAUGACCCAGUCUCAAAACGCCAUGCGGGAUGUCUUCAACUGCAAAUUCGUGUCACUCCAUGUCCGCAAGAGUAACCGUGCCGCCCUUCAGCUCUACAGAGAUACCCUCCAGUUCACUGUUCAGGACAUUGAGAAGAAGUACUAUGCUGACGGUGAGGAUGCAUACGCCUGCCGCAAGACUUUGCAGUAA